AUGACAGCUCCUGGACUGUCACUGAAUGUUUCCUCGCUACUGCCCGGCUUCCUGCUGCUGCUGCUUUCAGCUGAUUGGCCGGUGAGGGCGAAGAAAACGGAGCCGGAGGACAACGGCAGUCGCCUCCGAGGCCUCUGGAAGCUGCACAUGAGAGACGUGAUGCUGAAAGGAAAAGGUUCCAGUCAUCCAAUCAGAGACGGGGUCAAACAGCAGCUGCUCUACUGUCGUGUCUCGAUUGGUUUCCAUCUGCAGAUUCUGCCCGGCGGCUCCGUCGGCGGCGUCCACAAACCCAACGAGAACUGUUGGCUGAAGGUGUUCGCUAUGAAACAUGGAGUGGUGGGAAUCAGAGGAGUCAAGAGUGGCUUGUACCUCUGUAUGGGAGGAGAGGGACUGGCGUAUGGAGCGGAGAAGUUUACAGACGACUGCCUGUUUAAGGAGAACCUAGAGGAGAAUCAUUACACCACCUACUCCUCUCUGUCUCACCCCGGUCUCUAUCUGGCUCUGUCUCACAAAGGAGAGCUCAGGAGGGGCAACAGCGUGGGCCGCCACCAGUCCUGCACCCACUUCCUGCCCCGGAGGACUCCCUGAUCACGAUCUGCAGGUUUGACGGCUUCCUCCGGGACCUGGAUCAGAAUGAGGAUCUGAAUAGUUUUCUCCUGUUGGAUCUGCAGCUCUGAAACAGGAACAGAGAUCAGUGAUUGGCCUUGGUUGCUAAGGCGGUUGCUAAGGUGGUUGCUAAGGCGGUUGCUAAGGUAUCUCCACUCUCAUAUCUCAGAUGUGAUUCAGCUCCAACA